AUGGCUCCUCUAAAAAUCCUCAUUUGUGGUGGUGGUAUUGCCGGUCCGGCUCUUGCCUUCUGGCUCGGGCGCUGUGGACACCGAGUCGUUAUCGUCGAACGCUUCCCUGCCCUGAGAGCAUCAGGUGCACAGGUUGAUCUUCGCGCUCAAGGCAUCCAGAUUGUUAAGCGCAUGGGGCUGGAUGAUGUCGUCCGUAGCAAGCUUGUAGAUGAGCUCGGGGUUUCUUUUGUCAACUCGCAAGGCAAAGUGAUGGGGACUAUGAUGGCCAAUACAUCUGGCAAGGGCGCACAAUCGUUGACAUCCGAGUACGAAAUUAUGCGAGGAGAUCUCGUGCGACUUCUUUACGACCAAACGAAAGACAACGUCGAAUACAUAUUCGGAAAGACCGUAGAGAACUUCGAGCAGGACGAGAAGGAGGUGGUUGCGCACUUCUCGGACGGUUCAUCCGACACAUAUGAUAUUCUGGUGGGAGCCGACGGGCAAGGAUCACGUAUUCGCAAAACUAUCCUGCCGCACGAUACCGAUCCUUACAAACGACUCGGCAUACACAUGGCUUACUGGUUCAUCCCGCGCGAGAAGGGAGAUGAUAAUAUCCGGCGAACGUAUCUCAGCCCUGGUGGUCGCAUGAUCAUGCGCAGAACUCACAAUCCGACUGAUACCCAGGUUUAUUUUACUCUCAAAGACAGUUCAAAAGAACUAUCAAGCAUCCCGAGGGCACCAGUGGAACAACAAAAAGAGUUUUGGGCGCAGAGAUUCUCCGACGCAGGAUGGCAGGCUCAGCGUUUUAUCGAAGGCAUGAAGGACACAGAGAAUUUCUACUGCCAAGAAGUCGUCCAAGUUCAUAUGGACAAGUGGUACAAAGGACGCGUGGUUCUUUUGGGCGAUGCUGCCCAUUGCGCUUCUCCUUUCAGCGGCAUGGGGACCACGGGAGCUCUCGUCGGUGCAUAUGUCUUGGCUGGCGAAAUAAAUCGAAGCCCUGGCAACCUGUCCCAGGCAUUCCAGAAUUACGACGAGACACUCAGACCGUUUGUGAACGAGAUUCAGAAGGUCAAUCCCAGGUUGCUAAAACUAGGGAUGCCCGACACACAAUGGGGCAUCACCGUCAUCCACAUCAUGGCAAGAGUCCUUUGCUUUCUCCGCAUCCCUGAUCUUAUCGCGCGUUUUUCAAGCGAAGAGAAAGGAGGCUGGAAGCUACCAGAGUACCCAGAACUCAAGCCUUGA